AUGAUAAAAUUUAUCAAUGCUUUUGAAAUGCUUGACCCAUUUUCAAAGUUCUGUAGAACAUUUCUGAGUCAUUCCAGUAACACCACCGUAGUUGUAACACAACAGCAAGUACCAACUCGACCUCCAAAACGAGGCUGGAGCACAGGCAUAUGUGGUUGUUUCGAAGAUUUUGGAUCCUGCUGUGCUGUGGUUUUAUGUCCAUCAUGUUAUGUAUGUUACCUGUCCAGUAAACUUGGAGAGUCAUGCUGUCUGCCUAUCGCUCUCGGAGGACAAUAUGCACUAAUACCUCUCCGUACCAAGAUCCGUGCAGAGAACAACAUUUAUGGCAGUAUCUGUGAGGACUGCUGUAUGGUCUGUUGGUGUCCACAAUGCGUCAUGUGUCAACUGUCACGUGAACAGGACAACAUCCGCCUUAAUCAGGACUUAAACAUGCGUUAA